GCGCAGUGAUUGGCGACUUCAUCGGCAAAGCAUGCGAGGCCUACGACAUCGAACGCGACCUUCAAGGAUCAGAAGGACAUACCAAAACUGGCUUGGCUGAAAGGCGGCUCGGCCUCAUCAAGCUCGCGGCUCUCAAGCUCUACUCGCAGGUGCAGAAGCAGGGCAUUCGUAAGAGCCAAGAUGAUUGCGUACUUGAGGCGAGUUUGUGCUCCAACUCGGUUCUGGUCUAUGGGAGUUCGACGCCGAAUCAGGCCCUCUUGGGCUACGAGCCUCGCGAUUUCUACCAUCACGACAACACGGCGAUCUCGGCGACGAGCGAUGCGAAGGCUGGACUUCCGGACUCGAUCGAGUCCCAGAUCCGCCUCAGGCUGCACGCGAAGGAGGCCAUCAUCCAGGCAGUCAUAGAGCACCGCAUCGCGGAAGCGGCGAACACCAAGCCGCAGCAGCAUGCGCCGGAGACACUCAAGCAGAUCGAGGAGCCAGAGGCGAAGGUGGAUCUCUGGAGGGAACCAACCUCCAAGAUCAGCACCGCGACCAGCGACACCAGCAAGCAGCUCAUCGCCUCACUUAUGGACCAAGUCGAGGACCAUGUUCUUGGACAGGUCUACACUUACGGCAGACAGUGGGACCAGAAGGCGCAGCAGUACAUCAACGUACCCGAGGACCUGGAGGAGCGACCUCCUCGUAUUCUGGCAGACGCUCGUCAGGCAGCUCAAGACCUACUCAACUUGAGCAUCGAUGGAGUUCAGUUCGGUUACGGCGUGAGGCACACCGAGCCGCUGAUCAAUGUGGAUUACGGGCGCCUUAUGCAGUGGACACAGCAGCUGCGGGAUCAAUACACGAUUGCUGAUAUCAG